UCAGUGUCUGAUGACGAAUUUCCCCACGAAUCAUUAUCACUCAAUUCUGCAAGUGGUUCUGAUUUACUAUCGCUGUUCUCUAGCUGGUCUAAAACCAAUUUUGACCUAAAGGGACGCUUUUUGGGCGCCAUGGACGUUUCUCAGUUUCCAGGCAGAAAGAACAGUAAAAAUGCAGGCAGGGCGCCGGACAAAGCACUCUGGACAAAAUGUAUGUGAAAUGGUUUGAUACAGUAAUGUUUUACUAUGUGAUUUUAGUGAUUUUAGUGAAUGUCACUUUUUGUCAUUUUCAAAUUUCCCGCCAAUUCCGUCCCCCGUACGUCCCAACGCUCGCAGGGGACGGAACCCAGAAAACAGAUGCCGGCAUCAGCCGGUGGAGAUGGCCGGGGACGCUGCAUGGGGGA